CGUGUGUUUAUAGAGACGUCAUCGUUCUCUUUAUAUGCUUAUCUAUAAAAAUCGGAGCUUUUUCUCUCUUUAGUGCUUUCUCGUUGGCUCAUCCGAGUUCCCCGAUCACCAUCGACGAAGAGCAUUAAUUCACUAGAUAGACAAAAUGGGUGGUGGCAAAGAUAAGAAUGAUGGCUCAGAGAGUAGCGACAAAGGCUUGUUUUCAAAUUUGGCGUAUGGGCUUGCUGGACAUCUUCCUGGACAAUAUUCAUCAGGGGCAUACCCUCCUCCAUAUGGACACCCUCAAGCACCUGGUGCAUAUCCUCCACAGGGAUAUCCUCCACAGGGGUACCCACCAUCUGGGUAUCCACCGGCCGGUGGACAUCAACCAUAUGGUUAUCCACCUUCUGGUUAUCCACCUUCUGGUUAUCCACCAGCUGGCUACCCUGCACCAUCUGCUCCUCCGCAUUACGGUUCAAGUCAUGGAAGUCAUGGAUCUGGAUAUGGACCAUUGUUAGCUGGAGGUGUGGCUGCUGCUGCCGCUGCUUAUGGUGCUCACCAGUUAUCCCAUGGUCAUAUGGGACACGGUAUGUUCCAUGGACAUGGCCAUCACCAUGGAUAUGGCCAUCAUGGAAAAUUUAAGCACCAUGGUAAAUUCAAACAUGGGAAGUUUGGCAAACACAUGUUUGGUGGCAAGCAUGGGAUGUUUGGUGGCAAGUUCAAAAAAUGGAAGUAAUUACAAGUGAAUGUCUACUCGUAUCGUAUAGUUUGAGAACUUCAGUAUCAUUCAUGUGACACUGCUCUGACUUCGUAUCGUCGUCUUUUGUUGGAUUAAGUUGAUAUAAGUGUCUGUCACUUAAAUUUUUUAGUCGAUUGAUAUAUAUAUAUAUAUAUAUAUUUAUAUAUAUGAAUUGAGCUAAUUAGUUCA